AAUAAGAAUAGAGAUCUUAACAAAAAGCCAAGCGGGGCUUAGUAUCGUAUCGGUUAACCCAUGGCGCUGUCCGUUUUAGGCCCCCCAAAAAGAAAAACCGGGGAGGGAGAGAGAGAAGGAAGUCGGAGUUCUUUUCGGGGGGGGAUCAACUUGGCAGUCAAAGGAGAAAACAUGACUGUGCCCAGCUGUAAAGCGUUUUAGCCGGGGUAUUUAUUGCCCUUAAACCAGCCCCCUACUGGAGUCAGCCGGUUUUAGUGUAAGCAAACAGGCUCAAGUAGUUAAUGGCUCUCCAAGCUCGGCAGGCCAGCGCGCUGGAUGGAGAGCUAAGCUGACAGCGCCUGCCUGGCUCUGCCGAAGCCCCUCCAGCUGCCUCGCCCGCUUCAUUCCAACACACUGAAGAUUGUGGUUCAUUUUAGCUCCUUCUCCCCCACUCCACCCCACCCCCUUCGGUUCGGGUGGACGCGCACCUCCCACAAUUGCGCGCUGAAUAACUUGAGGCAGGUGCGCGCCCCGCGGGAAAUCCUCGGGGACAGGGUGGCGCUGCGACGGGCGGAGGCGGCGGGGGCUCACGUCGCCUCUCGGCGCCCAAAGUGCUGGGGGAGCAAGUUUAAUUUUGUCGUCGUGGCUUUAUUUCGGCGGGGCCUGAAGAGAAGAGCCUGGCACCGGGUGAUCGUCCCCCACCGGCGCCGAGGCUCAGCGUGUCCGAGCGCGAGGGAGUGUGUUGCGAGCGCCCAAAAAACCAGGAGCGAGGGGAGGGGACCGGGGAGAGAGACGGCGGGCGCAUGCGCCUGGGCCGACCGUGCCAUAUUGGAAUGAGGCGGUGAGCGGAGCGCCGGCGAGCCUUGCCCGAGCCCCGGCAGCGGCGCAGGGCUGGAAAAACUCCCCGCAGUUUUUGUCUGAUCAUACUGGAAGCUUGCAGAAGCAAAGACAUUGGAGAGCAGAUGAGAUCAAGGCAGUGACUGGUUGGCUUUCGCUCCUUCCUGCUCCCAAGGAUUAUUGCCAGAUUGCUGUGGAGAUGAAUGGAGAACAGCAGCAUGAGACAAGUACUGCAGUUAUGGAGCCUGGGGUUACCACAGAUGCAGGAUCAGGUGUGGAAGAAGCAGAAUUCAAUUGGGAUGAGUAUCUGGAAGAUACAGGAGCAACAGCAGCACCCCAUGGUUCAUUUAAACAUGUGGACACUAGCCCGCAAAAUGGCUUUGCACCAGGCAUGAAACUAGAGGUUGCUGUCAAACCUGGCCCUGAUACAUACUGGAUUGCCACAAUCAUUACCACUUGUGGGCCGUUACUACUAUUGCGAUAUGAUGGUUAUGGAGAGGAUCGGAAGGUAGACUUUUGGUGUGACAUCAUGACAGCUGAUUUGCAUCCAAUUGGCUGGUGUGAGCAAAACAAGAAGAUUCUCAAAGUGCCUGAAGGCAUCAAAGAUAAGAUUUCUAACCAGGAGGAAUUCCUUCAGCAGACUUUGAAAGGAGCGUGCAGUGCCCCUGCCAGUCUUCUAGAAGGUCUCCAUCAAGGGAAGAAUCCCUUGGAUCUCAUUGCACCUGGUUCAAGACUAGAAUGUCAACACUUGAAUGAUUCUCUAGGAGCUUGGAUAGUCAAUGUUCUGGAAAAUAUUGGUGGAAGGCUCAAACUGCGUUAUGAAGGUCUUGGAGAUUUAGAACAAUAUGACUUAUGGAUGUUCUACUUGGAUCCUAUUCUCCAUCCAGUGGGUUGGACAACUCAGCAAGGAUAUAUCCUUGAACCUCCACUAGUUGUUAGGCAUUUGAAGACUGAGGCAGAAUGGCAGGAGAUCCUAGCAAAAAUAAAAGAGGAGGAAGAAGAAUCUUUGGUUCCCACUGAUUUAUUUAAGGACAAACCUAUUGUAGGAACUCAUUCCUUCUCUGUGAACAUGAAGUUAGAGGCUGUCGAUCCAAAGGCUCCUUUUGUCAUCUCACCAGCUACAGUUACAAAGGUGUUCAAUGAUAAAUAUUUUUUGAUAGAAAUAGAUGAUUUGCGACCAGAACGUACCAUAAGCCGGUCUUACAUCUGUCAUGUCAACAGUUCUGGUAUUUUCCCUGUGCAGUGGAGUCUAAAGAAUGGCUUGCAUCUUAGCCCUCCGCCUGGUUAUCCUGGGCAAGACUUUGAUUGGGCAGACUAUCUCAAGCAGUGCGGAACUGAGGCUGCUCCCCAAAGCUGUUUUCCCUCGCUAAAUUCUGACCAUGGCUUUAAGGAGAACAUGAAACUUGAGGCAGUAAACUCGCAAGAUCCAGAAGAAAUUUGUGUAGCGACUGUUACAAAGGUGAAGGAUUCUUAUCUCUGGCUACAGCUGGAAAGUUCUAAAAUGCCAGUCCCUGAAUGCAUAAUGAGUGUGGAAUCCAUGAAUAUAUUUCCAGUAGGCUGGUGUGAAACUAAUGGGUACCAGCUUAGACCUCCUCGCAGGGCAGUAGUGAACAAAGAAAAGAAAAUUGCAGUGGUUCAACCAGAGAAACAGAUAUUGUCUUCAAGGACUGCCCAUGAGGGACUGAAGAGCCAGGAACUGAACUCGGCUGACACCAUUGUAACAAAUGGUAAAUACUGCUGUCCAAAGAUCUACUUUAAUCACCGCUGCUUCUCAGGGCCAUACCUUAACAAAGGUAGAAUUGCUGAACUGCCACAGUCUGUGGGACCAGGGAAUUGUGUCCUUGUUCUUAAAGAGGUUCUCUCUUUGUUGAUCAAUGCUGCCUACAAACCUAGCCGUGUUCUUAGAGAAAUACAACUGGAUGAGGAAGCGGCAUGGCAUGGAUAUGGAGAGACCCUGAAAGCAAAGUAUAAAGGAAAGAGCUACCGCGCCACAGUGGAAGUUGUAAGAACAGCUGAUCGAGUCACAGACUUCUGCAGGCAGACCUGCAUCAAACUUGAAUGUUGUCCAAAUCUCUUUGGACCACAAAUGGUGCUAGACAAGUGUUCAGAGAACUGUUCUGUCCUGACAAAAACCAAAUACACCCAUUAUUAUGGGAAGCGAAGAAACAAAAGGAUUGGUCGGCCACCAGGUAUCCACAGCAACACAGAGACAAGCAUGAAGAAGGCAAGCAGGAAAAGAAAGAAACGGAAAAACUUCUUCGUUCAUAAGAAGAAGCGCUCUUCUACCUCUGUGGAUAACACACCUGCUGGCUCACCCCAGGGCAGUGGAGGUGAAGAGGAUGACGACCAAGAUGAGGUAGAUGAAGAAUCUCUUACAGAAGAUAGUACCUCUGAGCAUCAAGAGGAACUGCUUGAAGAAUCUGAAGUAUCAGAAAAGAAAUCGCAGUCAUCCUCCCCCACACAGAGUGAGCAAUCUCAUUUUGGGGCUCAGGACCGGGACAAACGGAAAAGGAAACUACGCGCCUUUUUCUUCUCAGAUGAUGAAAAUAAACCUCCUUCACCAAAGGAAAUAAAGAUAGAAGUUGGUGAAAAGCUGCAGCUGGACAGCAACCCUCUGGAAUGGAGUGUAGCUGAUGUUGUGCGGUUCCUCAAAUCUACAGACUGUGCCUCAUUAGCUAGAAUAUUUCUGGAUCAGGAAAUAGAUGGACAGGCACUUCUCCUGCUCACCCUUCCGACUGUUCAGGAGUGCAUGGACUUGAAACUUGGCCCAGCCAUUAAACUUUGUCAUCACAUUGAAAGGGUCAAAUUGGCCUUUUACCAGCAGUUUGCUGACUAAAGGGAGAGGGCAAUAAGAUGGAAAAUGAGUUUUCAAAGCACAACUGCAGCAUCCUGCUCUUCCUUUGGUAGGGAGAGGCAAGGAAGAUCAUAUGGAAACUGCUUAUAAACUGGCAUUUGCAGUCUUGCACUUUGAGGGGAGGAAAGAAAAUUGGAGCAAAACAUUAACGCAAUCCCAGCUCUUUUCACAGCUGUCUGUUGGCUUAAGAAUGUUAGUGAUUGCUCGUUCUGUAUACCAGGACUUUUUUUUUAAUGAAUAAAGGUGGUUGAAAUCUCUCCGAGGGGAAUUUUUUUUGCUGUAGUUCUGGUCUGAAACGGACAAACCAACAGUAUGUGAGAGGAAAUGCAGAUUGAUGGAAAUCUCCUUGCCAUUUGCAGGACUACCCCAUUUUCUUUGUCUUAAAAAUAUAUUUUUAAAAAUGUAAGCUAGCUGAUUGCCAAGAUAAGUGGUGUGGCCAAAAGCAUGAAAACUAAAGUGCAGCCAGAUUUUUUGUGUGUGGCAUUUAUUUUGGAGCUUGCCCUCUACCUCUACAACCUGAAAAAGCUACGAGGGAAAUAAAUUCUUCAAGGAAAGUCAUAUAUGGCUAUGCAACAGGUCCUUUUCUGCCAUCAAAAUAGGAAUGCCAACUUUUUUUCACUUGACAGAGCCCUGUGCCUCCAACAGUUACUUGACAGUCACAAAUUCAAAAAGGUAGAGCUCAUUUAUAAUGGAGAGGGAGUAGUGGUGAAGAUUGUGCCUGAUGGAAUUUCUGUCUGUCAUGCUGCUGGUAAAGGCACAGAGGGGAAAAGUUGUGGGAAUUGUAGAACAGAAGUUUGAAUGUUAAUGUAUGGAUCUGCUUUACAGAUAAGCUGCAACCUAAACUUUCAAUUUUUUUACUGAAAGCUGCACAGAAAUAUUGACACUUUAAUAUUAUUUCUCUUUUUGAAACGAUUUAGUAGAAUAUUGCAUGUUACUUUUUAUAGGGGAAAAUACAUGAGAUUGGGAUUGAGUUUUCUUAUGUUAUCAUUUGUUUUGGGAAACUGAGCUUGCAUCUGUAGAGGAAGAACAGAAAUGUUGAGCUCCUACCAAUUCUCAAAAGUUUAAAGAAAUUCUCCAGAUAAUUGUAGUGUUUUUGUAAAUGCAUGGGUGGAAUGUUGUCUUCCCUUUUCUAAGUAUGUAAGAACUGAUUUGUGGUUUCCUUUUUGUGGCACAGUUCAUGCGGCAUAUACUGACUGUGUAUACACAUUAAGAGAUGGGGUUCCAUAGUUCUCCACAUGACUUUGUGGAUUAAUGUAGAGAGAAUUCAACUGGUCAACUGGCUGAUGCUUAUCUAUACAGCAGUUUCCCACAACUGCAGCAACUAAUUGUAGGUGCACAUUACUGAAUAAUUACCGUUUUUGAUUUCUGCAAAGUGGGUCCAGAUUCACUGGGAUCCAAUCACGCACCAGGUGGACUUCCGCAUCCAUUAUAUGUGUAUGUUAAAUUUGAAGUAUAUCUGGUCACUGUGGAUAUUUGAUCUUCACAGGUUGAAAGUUGUUGUCUUCCUGCAAAUUUAUAUUCCAGGAUAUACAUGAGUGCUGUUUAGGAAGAGGGUGUAUUGUGUCUUGAAAGACAUUCAUAAAUCUCCCUAGGUUUAUGAGACCCUAGAGUAUGGAUGCAGAGAAUGAUAGAGCUUUCAUACUUCAGGUUUCAACCAAAGUAGGUUUAGUACAUUAAACGCUACAUAAAUGACCAUAUGGACCAAGUUUGCAAUUACAUUUGUAUAUUGAAAUGAGUACUAUUGAACUGGUUCCUUUAUUUAUGAGAAAUGUACUUGUAUGUGUGGGUGUGAAUGCCUGUCUCUGGCAGUGGGCUAGGAGGGGGUGGGGAUCCAGUUUUUUUCAUUAGCUUCAGUGUAUCUUUUGCUCUAUUAAAAAGGUUACUGUUGGGUACCUUCUGAAAAAUAUCAAAAAGGAAAUUGUAAGAACAGCAUAUAUACAAACUUCUAUGUCUUAAGAUUUUCAGGGUUUUUAAAGUAAAACUUUCAUAUUCCAUGCAUUGCUGUAAAUAAGUCAACUAUGUUUCUGAAGCCAGUACAGUAGGUGCUGGCUAUCUGGGAUAUAUUUAUAGGCUAAUAUUUCUGUCCUACCUUAGCAAUUUGAUCCCAAUGGGAUCCAUUUAGGGGCUUUCAAAAAGAGAGAUGCUUUCCAUUGUUUGUUACUUUGAGUCAUUUCUAUGCAACACAGGGAUUUUUGUACAGUUAAUUUCUUGGGGCAAUUCAAGCAUGUCUUGAGGGCUGAACUCGAGGCCAUCUACAAAGCAGCUCUGGAAUAUUCUCUAACUUCAGUGAAAUGUAACUUCAUCUACAAACACUUCAUUUAUUUGCAUUUACUGCACAAAUGGGCUCAACAGGAAGGUUAUCUGACUUAAUACUGAUAAGACAUUCGAAAGGCUCUUGUGUUACUGUAAUAGAGUGGGAGCAAAUCUGCAAAAUUAGAUAACAGUGUAUAUUUUUACUAUGCCAAUGACAUUCUUGCAAGGAAUAAAGUAUAUGCACCCAAAGUAGGGAGUAGGGAAAAGAAAAUACAAUGUUUAGGUCUCUGGUGGUUAGUUGCUAUACAGUGACUACUGUACAUUGAAAAUAAAUUCUUAGAAACUGUUAAACACAUAGGUAAUAAAGUAGGUUUUCCCUUUGAUUGGCUUUUUUUGGGGAAACCACAGUCUACAAAGCUAGAGGAGAGAAAAUUUAAUAUAUAAUAUUUGACUACACUGAAAGGUCUUGAGUUGCAUUCUUUUAACUGGCACAGCUAUCAAAUAAAAUGUGAGAUAGUUCUGGUCUAAUUUUACUUAGAAUAGCUACCACUUCUAUAAUGCUAGAAACUUGGGGAAAGAAAGUGGGAAGCCAGUGCCAUGUAGUGCUCAUUCCAGACUCUGUAAGAAAUAGGUUUUAGGGGAGAGAAUUUGACAGUGCUUUAUAAUGUAUGUACCCAAUCUGCAUUUUCAAUCCUCUUAAGAUAAUGGAAGCUUUAUUAGUCCUUAUCCCAUAAAUCAGGGGUGACUAGCCUUUUUUGGCCCAAGGACUGCAUUUAACCAUGGCCAACUCUCCAGGGCUGUAUGCUAGUGGUGGGUGUGACCAUCCCACACUAUCACACACAUUUGCAUGCAAGCAUAUAAGACAUACUUAUAAACCUCUACACUCAUUCCACUUGAAUCCCCCCCCUUUUUUUUUUUGCUGCUGCUGGGGAAAAAAACAUUUGUGACACUGGUCAGACUUCCCACACCCAGAGGCUAGCCACUCCUCCCAUAAUGCUUUGCAGUAUAAUAGAAUAAGUGAUAUACUAAAUCUAGAGCAGUGUGUAAAUUAGGGCACAAUUCCAGGGGCCAUAGGAUUUUGCGUAUUUCUCCCUCUGCAGGCUGAGAAGGAAGUCAACAUUCAGAAACCCUCUCCCAGCUGCCAUAGAAAGGACUGCCACCAUUCACCUCUGUGUCGGGUGUAAAUGGUGCAUUCCAAGGGUGGAUCAAGGAAGGAUCUGCAUCCAAGGCCCUCCUGUUCUCUCAAUACAUCCUGGGGAUAGGUGGGAAAGUAUAGCAGCUCUAGAGCAUUCUCUCCUAGUGAGAGCAGCACAGCUUAGAAUUUGGCAUUUCUAGCACUACAGACCCUCCCCCACCCUCAUUAGAUGGCUUGUCCCUUAGUGAAUUGAGCACACACUUUUCAUGUGAUGUGCACAGACUUAUGUAUUACUAGCUAAAGGCUAACUGGUGCAAAAGAGGAUGGAUUGUAGGAAGAUUUUGCAAAUAUACCAGAUUAUGAAGUUUAAAGCCAGGAUAGUCAGUGCACAUCUUUGCUUCAGCUUUUUUCUUUCUGUACACAUUGAAUUUGCACAAAACGUGUUGCAAAAAAAAAUGGGGGGGGGAAACAAUGUUUUAGAUAAAACUUCCAUAGCAGACUUUCCACUUUACCUAAGAUUUUGCUUACUCUGAAAGUAAUAUCCAGAAUACCCAAGAUUUACUAAGCACAAAAGGAUUGACCUUGCCUGAAAGCCUUAUGACUGCAAGCUUGACUGUGUGCUAAGAACUCAUGCUGCUAUUAACUUUUCCUAAAUCAUUCAUAUAUGAACUUUGUUUUCAAAUGUAGCCUUUUGGUUAAAAGGUUAGAACAGAUUGAGCAUGUAAUUUUAAAAGCUGCUUAUACAAUCUAAUUGUAUUCCCUAUGAACUGGAUCCAGAGAUCCCACAGGAGAGAAUAGGUGGAAGGGGACUUCCCCCCGCCUCGUCUCCCUGGGAGCCCCUUGAAAAGGUUCUGAGCUAGAGACUCUGCUGAGGCCAGGUGUUGAGAUAGAAAGGGGAGAUAGUAGAAAGUGAGAUGGAAGCAUCUCUUUCAGCAGAAAGUCCAGUUACAGUAGGUACCUCUGCCUGACUUUUGUAUGUUCUCCCCCCCCCCCCAGUUUGCCAUGCCACACACACAACAUCCUGUUCAACAGGCUGCUAUUCAAAAGUCUCCUGCCUACUGCCUUCCAUGGCUAGUUCUCUGGAUCCACCUCUGAGUGUUCAGUAACCUAGCCCAGUGCAGGCUGAAUUUGUAGCAAAUGAGAUCUAUAGUGAACAUCACUAAUGCGAUUUUUUUAUAUAUUGUCUUUGAAAAGCAUGAAAAUUGGAGAAAUGCUGGAAAUAUAGCAAUUUUUACAUAUUGGUUACUUGCUUGUCAGAAAUUGGAUCUAAUCCUUACAAUGCUGCUAGUCCAGAUUAAAAUUGCUUAAAAUAACACAAUCAAAGAGCAGCAGUAAACAACUGAAGCUUGACUCAUGGAAUGAAGCAAGUUUCUUCUUCAACAAUUAAAUGCAAAGUUCCACCUGGCUUGUCUUAACCUUCAGGACUGUGGAAACUGGAAUGACAAGAUCUUUGGAACAUCAAGUAACUUGGUUGAAGUGACUUAAAUAGAUGGUUGUUUUGUGAAGAAUUUACUCCUUUAAUUGCAACUCCUACAAAGCCUUAAGUACUUACUAUAUAUCAUAGAGGCUUAUUUGUCAGCAUCUGUUGUUACCCUGCCCCAUUCUCACCCAGCAUUUUACACACAUUUUCCCAUCAUCCUCUGGACCAGUUCUGUUAGUGUUUUUAGACAAUCAGAAAUCUCUUGAAAGAGCCUCCUGGGGCAGAUACUGCCAGCAUAUAUGUAGAUCUGUUCGUUGUAAUAACUCAUUUGACAUGCACUUUCCCUGCUUUGUUUUUUUUAAAAAAGGAAUUUAAAGAUGUGUAUUGUGUUGUCCCUCCUGCUUGCUGUAUUUUUUCUUUGAUUUAAUUAAUAUAUAUGCGUGAAUUGAGGAAAAAAAUUAAAAAUAGAGAAAUAUGCACAUAAAAAUAUGCCUACUAAAGUUCCUCCUUUGCUGGAUAGUUGUAUCAGUUAAAGGGUUAAAAUAUUUUAAAUGGAUUAUUUUGCUUGGGGUUUUUUGUAAGCGUACAUAAUUUUGUGGUACUUCAUGACUGUUUUGAGUGAUUGGAAGUAAAUUAAAAAUACUUAAAUUGGCA